AAACACACAACAUUCGUCGCACGCGAUACUCGUCUCCCGAUAUUUAUCGAACCUUGAACCGCGUUGUGCAGUAUAAAUUGCGUGUUAACACGGCGUGUUGCUGCUGAUCAUCAUUGAAAUAUGUCGUCGCUAAGCGGACUCGGCUUGGAAGAUCCGUUUAUGGAUCCACUCUACAAUUUCAACUUUAUCGAGUUGAUUGAGAGACGACCGUGCAUUUGGAACAACACUUUACCGGAUUAUAAUAAGAGAAACGUGGUGGAUAGGGCUUGGCAAGAGGUUGCGAACGAAGUUGGUGAUACGGCUGCAAACUGCCGUAGCAGAUGGCGUAACAUCCGAACCUCAUUCCUAAGAUGGCAAAAAUCCAACUCCAAAGGCUCAAAAAAGAAAUAUUAUUUAGCUGACCACCUUAAGUUCGUCCUGCCUUAUCUUAAUAAUAAAAGACAACCGGUCCCAUCCAACCUGAAAAUGGUCCUGGAUAGCAACGACGACUUUACGGAAGAAGAAAUUGCUUGCGACUUUAACAUCAAAACUGAAGAGUCUUUUAUGGAACCAGACGAGGAUUGCGAUGCAGAUUCUACCACAUCGGAUCAACAUUAUUCACCAUAUUCGCCAUCGACUCCCAUAUCAGAUUUGGAAACCCUUACACCCACAUCAAAGGCUUCAUCCAAAAAACGCAAAACCGACAAUGAGUCUCCUGUUAGAAAUUAUAGACCUAAAAGUUGGGAUGUUUUAGGUGAGGAUCCCAACAUCUCUUUUUUUAAAUCAAUUUUACCUUAUAUGGAAAAAAUGACCGACAAGCAAAAUCGCAAGUUUAGGCAAAAAGUUCUGGGUUUAAUAGAUGAAAUACUGGACGAGGACGAUGUCGGACCUUCCAUGAGAUGUUGAAGUUAGUUUUAGUAUGAAUUUGAUCUCAUUUAAACAACAAUUAAUGUUAAGAAUUAUAUUUUAGUAAAAAACACUUGCAAAUUAAAAAAAAAAUUAGUACAAAAA